GGCCUUGGCUGAGGCCGCCGGCGCCCUCCUCCCCCGCGCGCGGUGGUACGCUCCAGCCCGCCUGGCCCCGCUGCAGUGGAUGUUGCUAGAACCCACGCGGAGGGAGGAAGAGACGCAGGCAGGCUGCGGUGACCCAAGCGGCCGCCCCUGCCUCAGGGACCCCUUCCCCGCGAGACGACACCAUGACCCAGGGAAAGCUCUCCGUGGCCAACAAGGCCCCCGGGACUGAGGGGCAGCAGCAGGCGAAUGGUGAGAAGAAAGAGUCUCCGGCAGUGCCCUCAGCCCCACCCUCGUAUGAGGAGGCCACCUCUGGGGAAGGGGUGAAGGCAGGGCCCUUCCCGCCGGCCCCCCCUGCAGUGCCGCUCCACCCCAGCUGGGCCUAUGUGGACCCCGGCAACUAUGAGAGCCGUUUCCCCGGAGACCAUGAGCUCUUCACCACCUUCAGCUGGGAAGACCAGAGAGUGCGCCGACUUUUCGUCAGAAAGGUCUACACCAUCCUGCUGCUGCAGCUGCUGGUGACCUUUGGCGUUGUGGCCCUCUUUACCUUCUGUGACCCUGUGAAGGACUAUGUCCAGGCCAACCCAGGCUGGUACUGGGCGUCCUACGCUGUGUUCUUCGUCACCUACCUGACCCUGGCCUGCUGUUCUGGACCCAGGAGGCACUUCCCAUGGAACCUCAUUCUCCUGACCAUCUUUACCCUGUCCAUGGCGUACCUCACGGGGAUGCUGUCCAGUUACUACAACACCAAGUCUGUGCUGCUGUGCCUGGGCAUCACGGCCCUCGUCUGCCUCUCCGUCACCCUCUUCAGCUUCCAGACCAAGUUCGACUUCACCUCGUGCCAGGGGGUGCUCUUCGUGCUGCUCAUGACGCUCUUCUUCAGCGGCCUCAUCAUGUCCAUCCUCCUGCCCUUCCAAUACGUACCCUGGCUCCACGCAGUGUAUGCCGUGCUGGGAGCAAUCGUGUUCACGUUGUUCCUGGCAUUCGACACUCAGUUGCUGAUGGGCAACCGGCGCCACUCGCUGAGCCCCGAGGAGUACAUCUUCGGGGCCCUCAACAUCUACCUGGACAUCGUCUACAUCUUCACCUUCUUCCUGCAGCUCUUCGGCACCAACCGGGACUGAGGCGCCUCCCCCAGACCCUCCUUCCUCCUGUGAAUGCCCCUCACUGGCUUGUGCCCCCACCACACACCCCUGGUCCCUGCAAGCCCAGAGAUAAACUAGCCGCUGCCCAGCCUGUGGCCACCCGCACCUCCCCACAGCCCCGCCCUGCCCUCAGCCAUGAGGCGCCGCAGAGCUGAGGUCACCCCAGCCCCUGCUUCCCCCGACACACCGGGACAAGAAGGCUGAGGCCCCUCUGGGUCAGGGAACCCGGGGGACAAGUAGGAGGGGGCCAGCAGGAUCCCACAUGUCGAAAGAGACCCCAAGACUGAGGCCUGCACUUACCCCACAGCUGUGGGGUGCUCAGGACAUGCUGAAGGAGGGGGCUAGGCAACCCCUGGGGCGUGAGGGGAGGCUGCCUGGCUGUCCAGCCUCAGCAGCUUGUUCUGAGCAUGGAGUCCUGGUCCAUAGCCUGCGCAGAGCAGGAAGCGGUGUCCUCAGCACAGGCCUCAAUUUACCCCCCUGAGUCACCGCCCAGGCCUGUUGGAGCAGGAGGUGGGGACAGGAGGAUCCUGCCCCUAAAUGGGGGCUGCUGGGGCACAGGGUCGCCCCGGGCCGCUUUCUUCCCUCGAACCCACUGCCGGGUACAGGGCAGAGAUGCCGCCUCCCCCACCCCCACGCCCAGGCCUGCCCCUUGGACAAAGGAUGUUUCCAGACCAGGAAGGGUGCUGGGACUGAGCCAGCCCUGCCAGGGAACCCUGCCCGCCCGCCACCUUCCCAGGCCUCCCUGCACGUUUCCCAGGCCCUCCCUCACCCUCCGCUGUUUGCUGCCUGUUCCCCAGCCAGCCUCCUGCGCCCCAGUUGGCAGUACUCUGGCCCUUCUCCUGCCUGCUCUGGUCACUCGGCCCAGAGUCCCGAGGCCCCUCCACUCCUUAUCACCUCAUCAGUCCAAUUUGGAGGCUGCCCAGCUGAUGCUAACAGCCAGGCCAGCGCUGCCAGCCACUCCAUGUGAUGAGGUCCGGCCUUCUUAUCAGCCUCCAGGCGGCUAAGAUCUCAGGCCAGGUAUGCAUCAGCCACGCAGCCGCUGCAGGCCCCAGUGGGAGUGGGGAGGGGACCAGGGGCCACAGCUGGGGAGCAUGGAGCCAGCACCUGUGAGCACACAGCCAGCCCAGGGCCAGUGGAAAGUUACUGGGUGCAAACAGAGAAUGCCCAGAACCUCUCCCAGGGCCUCUCCCCAGGGCCCUGUCGCUCCCAGUGCUGGGGGCACUUCCCCGCUCUGUCAUCCAUCUCCUCCCCUCCGCUCCACCCUCCUAUUUCCCUCCCUCAAGACAUAGUGCAGAAGCGCUGGGCCCAUGAUCUGUCCUGCAUAUUUAGGAGACAGGUGGAGGGGUUUGUAAGCCAAAGAAAGAGAAGCAGGACCAAGAUCCAGGCUGAGAAUAGUAUGGUAAGGGGUGCAGACUAACUCCCGCAGCCUUUGGGUGCCAUCGGGGAGGGGAAGGCACCCCCUCCUGCUGUCUGAAGGCAGCGGGUGCAGCCAUGAUGCAUACCCCGAGGCAGGGGCACAGCUAAAGGGCGCCAGACCAGCUGGAACCACAGUGGUAGGUGUGUUGUCUUCAGUGCCACCCUGUCCUUCCAUCCCUGUCCCACAACCCCACUGCCAGCGUCACUCUCGGACCCCCAGACACAAGGUGGGGGCCGGCCUCGUGUGAGCCCCAGGGCAUGGCCAGGAGGAGCUGCUUGCUCUGUGGACCCGUAUUCCCAAGCCCUGAUGCAAGACAGAGCCAGAGUGGGGCAGGGGGUCCCCUGCUUCCAGACCUCGGAAUCCAGCGGCUGCCUCUCCUCCGUGCCCCCUCCAUUCCUCUCCUCUCCUCUGGCCCCAGUUCUGGAGGAGUUAUUUCCCCACCCCUUGCCCCACUUCCUCAGGCAGGACCUCAGUUCUGCUUCCCAGAAUCCACUUGUCCAAGUCCUUCCUCCUCCUGGGAGUGUUUAUGCAGAAAAGGGGUACAGGUACUCAUCUAAGAAUGCACUUCGAAAGCUUGGGGGAGGAGGCAAGCCCACAACACAAACAUGUGAGGGGGCCACCAGCAUAGCCCCAGAGUCCCCGCUGUGGCUGCUGCAGGGGUCUAGGAUGCUCUGAACUCCCCCCCGCCAGGGCUGAGGCCCCAGAGCCCAAACUACAUCAUCCCCGAGGAGCCCCAGGUACACCUGGAUGGGUCUUGGAGGAAGGGCGGGGGAACAGGAAUGCAGGAUUACAGAAACUCAGAAACCGAAGCUGGGCAGGUGCCACAAGCUGCAGAGGAGGAAGGGAGCCUGCGGGCCCCUCACAUUAUUGGCAGGGGAGGGGCGAGGCUCAGAGAAGAAUAGGUGGAGUUUUAUGCAGCUAGAGGCUGCCAGGAAUUUGACCACCUAACCUGAAGGUCAGAGGCCCCACGGAAGACAAAUCUGCAGCCCUCCUGGAGGCGGCAGGCAGGAGUCACUGGAGUCCUUAGACUGCAACAGCAAACUCCAGGUCCCAUGCAGCUCCAGUAGCACUUGGAGAAGUCCUAGGAGUCGUGGUUCCUCCACCCUUUCUUCCUGCCAGGGAGUCAGGAUCAGACAGACAUUCAUUCCACAGGACUCUGCCGGGCCGGAGUACAGUAGGUAGGGCACUUGCCUUGCACCCAGCCAAACCUGGCUUCAAGCCCCACCAGGAGUGACCCUUCUGCACAGAGCCAGGAAUAAGUCCUGAGCAUCGCCAGGUGUGGCCACCAAACAAAAAGCCCCUGCCUCCCGCUUUUUGCAUGUCGGGGAGAGAGAUCAGAACAGCUUGCACUCACCGGGCACUGAGCUUUUACAUGGGCGCUUUGCUGCCCCCUGGUGGCUAGAAGAAAGCAGGACCUUGUUCUGCAGAGCCAAGCACAGAGGCGGGAAGAUGAACCUCAGCCCCCACCCUCCCACCCACCCUCCAUUAUCAGUCUCAGCUCCUUCCUUUCGUCCAGCCUUUGUUGUUACCUCUCAGACACUGUCCACCUGCCUUCUGGAAACAAUCCCUGAUACCAGGCCCCAGAGCUUUCUUCUCAGUGUCCAAGGGAGCCUCCCCAGUCGCAGCUCUUCCAAGUUUCCCGGGAUUCGUGCCUCUCCCUUUCCUUGACUUCACCUUCCCGGUCCAGGUUUGUGACCAACAUGAGAUGAGAAUAAAAGUAACCGUGACAUUCCAAUCA